CUAUACAACCCCGAACUGGUGGACUUCGUCUAUCCAGACCAUACACUCUGCCAACCAACUCCCCAACAACAACAAACUUCCCGAUUGAAGAUCGACACUAGCGAUCGACGUCGUUAAACUAAGAUCAGUCUUUCUCCCCCUCCCAUCCCCUCCUCCUCUUUCGACCCCGUCGUCGUCUAGUUUAGGGUUGCGGUGCCUUGCGUCUAUCACCAAGGAAAUGCCCGUUAUCCCCACGAUCUAGGUGCAGCCACAUAUCAUCCAAAUCAAAAGUCUCGCUUGGCCAGUCUACUGUCCUGACACCCUGAACCCCAACCCCAGCCAUCGCCCUUUCUUUCUCAACCUUACCACAUCGCCUUUUAUCUGCUUGGGCACCAGUGCGAUCGGAUGGAGAUGGACCUUCAAAAAACGAAGGAGGCCCGCCGGGAUGCGCCGGGCAAGCAGGAGGAGAGUACCGACUGUCCUUUAGAAGCUUAUGGAGGAAGCGGCCAUACGAAAGAGUCCCCUAAGAAUGAUUCGCUCGACCAUCGCGAUACGAACGGCUGCCCGGAUUCCGCAGAAACGCGCCAACAACAUCAACCGGGCAGUCCACCCUACCAAGAUGCCUCCCAGUCUCCGUCUGCCAUGCUGUUGGCGGCCAGCCGACCAUCAUCGUCAUCGUCAAAGACCCUGGAUAUUCCAAUGGCCUUUGGGCUCCGACCCGAGGAGCACAGACUCCUACUUGCUGCAAAACGCUAUCCCCCGGUAACGAAGGGCACGCUGAGCGAGCUGGAUCUACCGUGUAUCAUGAGCAAUAUCAAUCUCCGGAUGGAUGCGAACUUCGACCGAGAUCUGCAUUUCAAGCCCGACUUAGACGGCGAGAAGGGCAGGCGAAAACGGAAAGAGGCGGCGGAUUACUGGGAGGCCAUGGCCGUGGAGAUCUCAAUCUACGCCUUCUACUCGUCUCCGGAAGCUAUCAGUAUGACUGAAAAUGCUCUGGGCGACCCGCGACAGACCUUCGAGCCGCGACUUCCAGCCAUGUUCGAAACCUUGCAGGAUGUUUUGAAGACGCUGGUGCCCGAACGCGAUCAUCCAGGGGUGAUGCAGAAUCUUGAGGUGUCUCUACUCAUGCAGCAAAUCCAGAAGGGGGUGCUGGAUAUGGUCCGCGUCGCCACUUGGUUGGCUGCGCUACUCAAAACACAUUGCGCUCCGAUGCGGGAUGAAUGGGCGGACCGUAUGGUGGAACAGAUCAGGUCAGGAUCGCAGUCGCAGAACCCGACGGAGAUCGUCAGCGGCCUUCAAACGCUGUUUUCUAUCCUUGAGGCCAUGAAACUGGACGUUGCAAACCACCAGAUUCGCGCCUUUCGGGUGCUUCUGAUCGAGGAUACUGUGCCAUUCUUGCAGGAGUACUUUCGAGGGAAGAUUGAGAGGGAUAACUUCCGGGUUGAAUCGUCGCGACUGUGGUAUCUGGGGAUCCGGGAUCGGGAAUUGCGCCAGAUGGACAAAUCCGCCCACACGGACGGGUUCUGGCCGAUCUCGGUGCUGUUUCGAGGGGUAUCCGACCUUUUACUCCAGUUUCACAACCCCGAAGCGUUUCCGGAGACCUUCGUGUUUGACUCGGACCGGCUGUGGCAACUGCGGACCUGCCUCCAGAAUCUGAUCAACCUGGACAUCUGCUGGUUUAUCUUCGAAUCCUACAUUCACACGCAGAAGCGAUACCUGUCCGCCCCGGCCCAGACGUACGCCACCUUCCGCUCGCGCAUCGGAUCGCUGAUGGAGGAGAACGAGGAGUGCGCGCGGGGCUCAGUGGCGUGGGUGCAGAACGUGCGCUGCAUCGCGCUGGAGAUCGCGCGGUUCGCCUGUGCGGCGUGCUGCAGCGACGGAACGGUCUCGGACGAGGUGAUCGCGUCCAUCGAGGACGCCCUGAUCUUCCACCUGUCGAACGAGUCCAACCUGUUCCAGUACUUCCAGGGCUCGCUGCGCGAGAAGUUGCUGGCCGCCACGUCCGCAGCGGCGAAGAAGUACCUGAACAUGUCCCCGCUGGCGAUCUGCGAGUCGCAACGCAAUUUCCCCGCGGCCACCACCACCACCACCACCAGCACGGCGGCCGUGAUGGCGCACCAGCAGCAGCACUAUGACGUCGAGCGCAUCUCCAUGCGACUGGCGCAUAUGGGUGUGCUACACUGGCGAGUGUGGGCGCCGAUUCUCUACGUGCGCGAGAGCGUGUCACCGACUGACGUGGCGACCAUUCCGUCGAGCGACGUUUAUGACGUGGCACGCUCCGCGACUCUUUGAUUAUAUGCUUUCUUUCCCCCUGGUUCCCGGCUUGCAGAACGGGUCUUUUCUCCU